UGUCCCGACGCAUGGUUUACCAACAGUAUGCUGAUGCUGGUAGGGAACAUACUCUCUGUGAAAGUUCCUUUAAAAGAAUAUGGAGAAAGUAUAUUCCCCACAUUUACAGCUUCAAGCCAAUGACAAACUUAUGCUGGACGUGCAAAAAGAACAGCACUGCAAUUUUAAGGAAUGCUGGGUGUGAGAUUGAGCAUCAGUCUGAGAAGAAAAGGAGACAUCAUAGGGGUAAAUGGAAGCAUUGACGAGGUGGCGGGAGAGGAGCAGGAAGAGGAGGUGGCCAAGGAGGAGGAGAUGGACAAAAAAGAGGGGCAGCUGGCCAAGGAAGAGGGGGAGGUGGCGAAGGAAGCGGGGGAGGUGGCCAAGGAAGAGAGGGAGGUGGCCAAGGAAGAGGCCAAAGAGGAAGAGGAGGCCCUGCUACAACAGAUUCAUCCACAAGUGCAAAGACAAUAAACUAUUUUAACAUUACAUGUAAAAGAUAACUGUUUUGUUGCAUUAGUAACUUUAUGUGUAUGUAUAAUGUAUAUAGUGUUAUAGUGUAAAUUAUUGUUUUAUUUUUUAUUUCUGGUACUCAGUAUUAAUUACUGAUGUACCCUCAGUACUCCAAA